CCUCCUUCCCCCCUGACUCGUUUCCUUGGUAGUAAAGGGCUGGAAGUCAGGAGCGCAUAAAAGCCACAAGUCUAUCAGCUGAGGAGCGCAGCGGCGCAAAGUGAAAACAAGAGGAAACAGAAGCGCGGAGACGCAAGAGGAAGACGCAGGAAGGGCGCUUGCUGUCGAUUUUUUAAAGGAGAGACUCAGCCAUGAGACGCCGAGCGGCCGAGGGGAGUCGAAUAUGACGCAUCUUUUCUGAUCAGCCGGCAAGACUGAUGCAGUGAUUUAGAGAGGACCAGAGCGGAGGAGCAUCUGGAGAAGGUGAGUCUCCCCCAAACAGCUGCUCGUACUCCACUGCAUCCGCCCAACAAGCCUUUACCGACUGACUCAGUCCUUCCUGAACCCACGUGCUGUGACCUGCUGCUGCCUUAAGAUGGCGGGAGAUAAACACAGAUAGCCGGAGGAAAACUUGAAAUCUUCCAUCGCACGUCAAGGCCGAAGGAACUCUUAAUUUGUGACUGCAAUCUUAUUUAGAGAACUACUGAAUAAACUUGAACAAUGGCGUCGUACAGCCCCACUCCUACGCAAGAGGCGCCGAACGGUGCCGCCCCAUCCCUGAAGUCCGAAGGCUCGCAGGAGUCCAUGAAGCUGAAGAAGGAGAUCUCCCUCCUGAACGGGGUCUGCCUGAUCGUGGGGAACAUGAUCGGCUCGGGGAUCUUUGUCUCGCCCAAGGGCGUCCUGAUCCACAGCGCCUCGUACGGCCUCUCCCUGGUGGUGUGGACCGUCGGCGGGAUCUUCUCCGUGUUCGGGGCCCUGUGCUACGCCGAGCUGGGGACCACGAUCACCAAGUCCGGGGCUUCGUACGCCUACAUCUUGGAGGCGUUCGGGGGAUUUCUCGCCUUCAUCCGUCUCUGGACGUCCCUGCUGAUCAUCGAGCCGACCAGCCAGGCCGUCAUCGCCAUCACGUUCUCCAACUACAUGGUGCAGCCCAUCUUCCCCACCUGUAUAGCCCCAUACUUGGCCAACAGGCUGCUAGCUGCUGCUUGCAUAUGUUUGCUGACCUUCGUGAACUGCGCCUACGUGAAGUGGGGCACCAGGGUCCAGGACUUCUUCACCUACGCCAAAGUUAUCGCUCUCAUCGCCGUCAUCAUCACCGGCCUGGUGAAGAUUGGACAAGGUUACACUCAGAACUUCGAGGGCCUGUUCGAUGGGUCCUCUCGGGAUCCGGGAGACAUUGCUCUGGCUCUGUACUCGGCUCUGUUCUCCUACUCUGGAUGGGACACGCUCAACUUUGUCACGGAGGAGAUCAAGAACCCCGAGAGGAACCUGCCCCUGGCCAUCGCCAUUUCCAUGCCCAUAGUGACCGUGAUUUAUAUUCUGACCAACGUAGCUUACUACACCAUCCUCCCCAUGAAUGCCAUCUUGGACAGUGAUGCUGUAGCUGUGACGUUUGCAGACCAGGUGUUUGGUGUGAUGAACUGGACUAUUCCACUGGCCGUGGCUCUAUCUUGCUUUGGGGGACUCAACGCCUCCAUCUUGGCCUCCUCCAGGCUGUUCUUCGUGGGCUCCAGAGAGGGCCACCUGCCCGACUACCUCUGCAUGAUCCAUGUCCACCGCUACACCCCCGUCCCCGCCUUGCUCUUCAACGGCAUCAUGGCUCUCAUAUACCUGUGUGUAGAGGACGUCUUCAGGCUCAUCAACUACUACAGCUUCAGCUAUUGGUUUUUUGUUGGUCUGUCCAUUUUAGGACAACUAUAUCUGCGCUGGAAGCAGCCAGACAGGAAAAGACCUCUUAAGCUCAGUCUCUUCUACCCCAUCAUUUUCUGCCUCCUGACCGUCUUCCUGGUGGUGGUGCCCCUCUACAGCGACACCAUCAACUCUCUGAUCGGCAUCGGCAUCGCCCUGUCCGGAGUGCCCGUUUACUUCCUCUGCUGCAAAACUCCAGCCAAUAGGAGGCCGCUGUGGCUACGCAGAAUCAUUGCUAAAUCUGGUAUACUGAUUCAGAAGGUUUGCUACUCUGUUCUGACGGAGAUGGACAAGGACGAGUAGAGACACUUGGUUUCAACACCAUGCCAGAGACGCACAAAUUCUCCACUCAAACUCAUCUUGGCCAGUUGCUGCUGCCACAAGGCCUCAGUGGAUGGACAUUUGAGCUGGAGCUGGACCCAGCUCUCUGACUUGUCAGCCACGACCCGGUGAUCACGUUAAUGAAUGUACGAAUGAUGACGCCCGGGUGCCCGUUGGCGAAAAUUCAGAGAGAACAUUUUGACGCACUCCUGAAGAAAUCAACACCUGUUGAGAAUUGUUUAAUCAAUAUGUGGUUUGAGUGAAAUUACACUCACAUUUUUUUUUUUUUUUGAUUUUAAGUUAAGGCUGCAAAAUAGUGUAGUGUAGUUAAAUUGUUCCACAUCUGAAAAUGAAAGCACUGCUGACCACAGAAGCAGCCGCGGGGUUAUUAUUUGCACAAGGAAAACAAGCAGUGGAAGAGAUCAGACUGUGUAACUGUGCAUUUACACACAUGUUGGAAAAAGUUUUUUUUUACUCUUAGCUCUAAAGGUCUAGUGAAGUAAAGGGCUAUUUUUACACAAAUUAACUAAUUCUUUUGCAGAGUCUGACUCAGACCCUGGCUGUCAAAUGUAAAACAGUUGAACUGCAAACAUGUAUUUAUAAUAAAAUGACUUGUUGAUAACA